AUGAUAAAAGCCAGCCCAGCUCCUCACUCUCUCAUCCACUUCUCUUGCCUCCUUCUCCUUGGGAGUCAGGUGCACCUCCGAAGCCAAGACAUGUCCUGCUAUGACCGGUGUCAGCCCUGCCAACCCUGCCGGCCCUGUGGCCCGACCCCACUGGCCAACAGCUGCAAUGAGCCCUGUGUCAGGCAGUGCCAGAACUCCACCGUCGUCAUUGAGCCUCCUGCUGUGGUGGUGACCCUGCCAGGCCCCAUCCUCAGCUCCUUCCCACAGAACACCGUUGUGGGAUCCUCCACCUCUGCUGCCAUUGGCAGCAUCCUCAGCUGUGAUGGAGUGCCCAUCAACUCUGGCUGCUGUGACCUUUCCUGCAUUUCCAGCCGCUACUGUGGCAGCAGAUGCCCCCCCUGCUAA